GGGAGCAGCAGCGGCAGUGGGGUUUGUACACAGGUCCCAAGGCAAAGGCGCUUCCAAGCUGGUCCCUGUAGGGUUUUGCGUGCUAAGCUAGUUUUGGGGGGAGGGGGGGAAUCUCCUCUUCCUUUUCUUUCCCUUUUCUUUCUUUUACCAGAGCCUGCUGAGGGUUGAGUCCUGCCUAGGGUAGGGAUAUCUGCAGUGGGGCUGUUGCAUUGUUUUGGUUGGGCUAGAGAAGGGGCUUAGCUGAGGGGUCCUGCUGCCUGGCCUGUGACCAUUACAGUCUCAUAUUUUGUCUAACUUCCUCUGAGAGAAGAAAAGGAGGAGUGAAGAGAGAGAAGAGGGUUUGUGGAUGCACUUAGAUGUUUGCAAUGAGCACUGUGGCUGGCAUGCCCCAGUGUUUUGGAUACCAAUGCAUAGGACUCCGUAGUAAUCGAAUUUAUCAGAAACGAACGUCAUGAGCAUAGUGAUCCCGUUGGGGGUUGACACAGCAGAUACUUCUUAUUUGGAAAUGGCUGCAGGCUCAGAACCAGAAUCUGUAGAAGCUAGCCCUGUCGUAGUUGAAAAAUCGAACAGUUACCCGCACCAGUUGUAUACCAGCAGCUCGCAUUCACACAGUUACAUUGGUUUGCCCUAUGCAGACCAUAACUAUGGUGCUCGGCCUCCUCCAACGCCUCCAGCUUCUCCUCCUCCAACAGUGCUUAUAAGCAAGAAUGAAGUAGGCAUAUUUACCACUCCCAACUUCGAUGAAACUUCUAGUGCUACUACCAUCAGUACGUCAGAGGAUGGAAGCUAUGGAACUGAUAUUACCAGAUGCAUUUGUGGCUUUACACAUGAUGAUGGAUAUAUGAUCUGUUGUGACAAAUGCAGUGUCUGGCAGCACAUUGACUGCAUGGGGAUUGACAGGCAGCAUAUUCCUGACAUAUAUCUGUGUGAACGUUGUCAACCAAGGAGUUUAGAUAAAGAAAGAGCAGUGCUAUUGCAACGAAGGAAAAGGGAAAAUAUGUCAGAUGGGGAUACCAGUGCAACAGAGAGUGGUGAUGAGGUUCCUGUGGAACUGUAUACUGCUUUUCAACAUAUACCAACUACAAUUUCUUCAACUCCUACAAGAGUUACAAAAGUAAAUGAUAAGAAAAGGAAAAAAAGUGGAGAGAAAGAACAGAGCAUAGCAAAAUGUAAAAAAGCAUUUCGAGAAGGAUCCAGGAAGUCUUCACGAGUAAAGGGUUCAGCCCCAGAGAUUGAUCCUACUGACAGUUCAAACUUUGGAUGGGAAACUAAAAUCAAGGCAUGGAUGGACCGUUAUGAAGAAGCAAAUAAUAACCAGUACAGUGAGGGUGUCCAGAGGGAGGCACAAAAAAUAGCUCUGAGAUUAGGCAAUGGAAAUGAUAAGAAAGAAGUCAGCACCAGCAAUCUGAUUUUCAAACCUCCAGUAGAGAGUUACGUGCAAAAAAACAAGAAAAUUUUAAAAGCUGCCAAAGACUUAGCUCCUGAUGCACUUAUUAUUGAAUACAGAGGAAAGUUCAUGCUGAGAGAACAAUUUGAAGCUAAUGGAUAUUUCUUUAAAAGGCCAUACCCAUUUGUUUUGUUUUAUUCCAAAUUCCAUGGGCUAGAAAUGUGCGUUGAUGCGAGGACCUUCGGGAAUGAAGCUCGAUUCAUCAGGCGUUCGUGUACGCCAAACGCGGAGGUGAGGCAUGUAAUUGAAGAUGGAACAAUUCAUCUUUAUAUUUACUCCAUCCAUAACAUUCCAAAGGGAACAGAGAUUACUAUAGCAUUUGAUUUUGAUUAUGGAAAUUGUAAAUACAAAGUGGACUGUGCUUGCCUCAAAGAAAAUCCUGAAUGUCCAGUUCUCAGACGUUCUGAACCCACAGAAAACCUCAAUACAGGAUAUGAAACCAGAAGGAAAAAGGGAAAGAAAGAGAAGGAUGUUUCAAGAGAAAAGGAGACUCAAAAUCAGAACAUUACAUUGGACUGUGAAGGAGCAGCUGCCAAAAUGAAAAUCACAGAUAAUAAACAGAGGAAGCUCUCUCCACUGAGGCUGUCCAUUUCCAAUAAUCAGGAGCCAGAUUUUAUUGAUGAUAUCGAAGAAAAAACUCCCAUUAGCAAUGAAGUAGAAAUGGAAUCAGAGGAGCAGAUUGCAGAAAGGAAAAGAAAGAUGACAAGAGAAGAACGGAAAAUGGAAGCUAUCCUGCAAGCUUUUGCCAGACUAGAAAAAAGAGAAAAAAGAAGAGAACAGGCUUUGGAAAGAAUCAGCACAGCAAAAACUGAGGUGAAAUCAGAAUGCAAGGAAGCACAGAUUCCCAAUGAUGCUGAAUUUAUUCAGGAACCAGCAAAAGAAGAAACUGCCACCAAGCCUACCCCAGCCAAAGUUAAUAGAGCUAAACAGAGGAAAAGCUUCUCGCGGAGUAGAACUCACAUUGGACAACAACGUAGGCGGCACAGAACUGUCAGCAUGUGUUCAGAUAUCCAGCCAUCUUCUCCUGACGUGGAAGUAACUUCACAGCAUAAUGAAACUGAGAAUGCUGCACUGGUAGCUGAGCCUGAAACAGAAACUGUUGUUACAGAAAUGGUUACUGAGACAGAAGGUCCAGCACUUAAUAAAUGCCCUACUAAGUAUCCUAAAACAAAGAAGCACUUGGUCAGUGAAUGGUUAAGUGAAAAGAGUGAUAAAACUGGGAAGCCUACAGACAGUCUGUCAGAAAGGCCUCUGCGCAUAACUACCGACCCUGAAGUUCUGGCUACUCAACUGAAUUCGUUACCAGGUCUCACUUACAGUCCACACGUAUAUUCAACUCCAAAGCACUAUAUUCGUUUUACUUCACCAUUUCUUUCAGAAAAGAGGAGGAAAAAAGAACCUGUGGAAAACAUUAUUGGCUCUUGUAAGAAGCGCUGGUUGAAGCAGGCUUUGGAAGAAGAAAAUACAACAAUGAUUGAUAGAUUUAAUUCACCAUCUCAAGAGAGAUCGAGAAGUCCAGCCAUCAAUGGUGAAAAUAAAAGCCCUUUAUUACUGAAUGACGGCUGUUCCUUAACAGAUUUAACCACACCACUAAAAAAACGAAGACUGUAUCAGCUGCUGGAGUCUGCGUUCUCAGAAACCUCCACACCUACUCCCUCUCCAUAUGCCACACCAACUCACGCUGACGGCACUGCCUCCGAGCCUUCCUUGUUCGCUACUCCGCCUAGGGUAAAAGCAGAAGAUGAAGCUUGUAGAAAUGGUUACAAACCCAUCUAUUCACCAGUUACUCCUGUAACUCCGUGUGUACAUGGAAAUACCAUGCACUUUGAGAAUAUUUCCUCACCUGACAGUUCUCCCGAAGUCAAACGGCGAGCUUACAGUCAAGAGGGAUAUGACAGAGCAUCGAUUCUAGCACUGAAUUCUUUCAGAAAUUCCAACCUGACAGAAAUGGGCCUGCAAGAAAUAAAGACUAUUGGAUAUUCCAGUCCAAGGAAUAGGACUGAUGUUACACGGCAGUGCACUGGAGAAAUGGAAUCUGUGUCAGACCUCCAGCUGGGACUCGAAGUAAUUGAGCAAAGCGCACUGCAUAAAAACAUGGAAGCCCCCACACAUGAUAGGACUGAUUCAAACAGCCAACUAGAAACUGCUCAUUGUGGACGGGGCACAAUUUAUUCUUCCUGGGUAAAAAGUCCCGACAGGACAGGUGUAAAUUUCUCAAUGAAUUCUAAUUUGAGGGACUUGACCCCUUCACAUCAGUUGGAGGUAGGAGGUGGAUUCAGAAUAAGCGAGUCAAAGUGCCUGAUUCAAGACGAUACUAGAGGCAUGUUCAUGGAAGCAUCUGUUUUUUGUACUUCAGAAGAUGGAAUUGCAUCUGGCUUUGGAAGGACUGUCAAUAAUGACAACUUGAUGGAUGGAAAUUGCACACCCCAGAAUCCUCCACAAAAGAAAAAGGUGUCACUAUUAGAGUACCGUAAGAGACAAAGAGAAGCUAGAAAAAGUGGCUCAAAGACGGAAAACUUCCCCCUGGUUACUGUAUCUCCUCAGGCUUCUGGUGGAGGAAAUCUAAAUGGCAACAAUGGUGCUAACGAUGGGUAUAACAACAGUGGUGAAAAUGGGGAGCAAACUGAUAGUGCUGCAAGCCUGCCUUUGCCACUGCCAACUACUGCAUGUAACAGUGCAGCUCCAGAAGACAUUGGCAACAACUGUGCAACUAAGGAAUCUUCCAGUGAGAAGAACGAACCAGAAGUUCAGUGGACUGCAUCAACCUCCGUGGAACAAGUGAGAGAACGAAGUUAUCAGAGAGCUUUACUUCUCAGUGAUCAUAGGAAAGACAAGGACAGUGGGGGAGAACCACCUUGUAGCCCAUGCUCACCGUCUCAUGUUCAGUCUGCACCUUCAUCUCAUUCAAAUCUCAUUUCCCAGUUGCAGCUUAAGGUCCCUUCUUUCACUGAAUUUAUGGAAGAACCCGAUCCUGAAAAUCCAGAGCCUGCUUCUGAAUGUCCGUCCCCAGAUACUUCACAGAAGACUUGUAAGAGUCCGUCAAAAGCAAGCAAGCCCCCAUCACCGAGUCCUGUAGUUUCAACGCAGUCAGUUGGGAAAACUCCGACAAAAGCAGAUCCGCACUGGGAGGCGGCAGCUAACGCAGCUGAGGCUGAGAGCUCGACCCAUCCAAAACCCGAGCUGCAGCAGAAACAGCUGGCGAACAACGUCCAAGCACUUUCAAAAACCCACCCGUCCCAGUCACACCUGCGCAGUUCUGCUGAGCAACUCUCACACUCACAGAAGUUGCCUUCUGCACCUUUGAAGCUGCAUUGUCCCCCUUCGCCUCACGUGGAAAAUCCUCCCAAGCCCUCCACCCCUCACGCGCCCGUGCAGCAUGGUUACCUUUCACCAAAGCCUCACUCGCAGCAGCUGGGAUCUCCGUACAGACCUCAUCACCCGCCGUCACCUCAAGUGGGAACGCCCCAGAGGGAAACGCACCGCAGCUUCUACCCGGCGGCCCCGGCCCUUCAGCCUAGUAAUCAGCAGCAGGCUAGUGGACCCUUGUUUACUCAGACAGCUUCAGGACAAUCUUCAGCUUCCUACAACCAGUUUAACCAACAAAACCUGAACAGCAACGCACCGCCUCCCCCGCCCCCUCCACCUCCCUCUUCUACUUACUAUCAGAGCCAGCAGCCCUCUGGGAACUUUCAGAGUUAUAGUCAGCUGAAGGGCAGCAUACCCCAACAGACUGUGUUCUCAUCUGGACCAAACCCAGCUCUUCCCGGCGCCGCGG